CUUAACUUUUACCGCUGUUUGGCGGGCGGUAAAUAGUGUCGUGUUUUGUUUGGUGUGUGCAUACGAGUGUGACAACGUGCUGUUUAAAAUACUGUAUUGUUUAGUAGUAAUAUUUGUAUGCAUAAUAAUGGAAGUGGAUGGCGAGUCGACACCUGUUCAAGAUAAUAAUAUAAUAUCUGUAACAGAUUCAGUAUGGAAAUUUAUCAACAAUCCUAUAAUAUCAAUUUUUUCUGACUUAGAAAAUUCUGCAACAGAACAAAUGCUUUGUUCACUCUUAGAAUCUUUGUUGAAAAGAUCUUCUACUUUGACUAGUGUAAUAAUCCCACCGUUCAAUAAUGGUCCAGCAGAUGAGACUCUACAACAACAAUAUGCAGCAUUUACAACAUGGCUAUUUGGCACAAUGUUUUAUUUAAUAUGUACACCACCAAGCAACAUGGUGUUAUCAAAUAGCAUUGAAGUACAAGCUUGUAUGCUCAGAAUACUCUCAAGGCAUCAUAUAUCAAUGUUUGAGACAAUUAGUUCAGAGUAUUUAAAUAUACUUGAUGAGACAUUGGAGUUUUAUGUAAAUACUGCAAAAACGGAAGAAAUGACCAUCUCAAAGUUUUACACAGAGAAGGAUAUUAUACCAAAUUUGGACUUGACACCAUUUUCUGCAAAAAUCAAAGCAUCAAAUGCAUCUUUAGUACAAAUAUCCUUGUUAAAAAUGAUUACAAAAGCUGGUGUUCUAGCUUGGAAUGAAGAAAAAUUAUGGAAUCAAACAAUAGCAACAAUUGUUAAGUCUUCUCCAGAUGUAAAGAUUGAAGCAUUGCAACUAUGUACAAAAAUAAUAGAAGACAAUAGUAUUAAUGAUCGUGAAUUUAUGGUCAUAAUUACACACAGUCUAGAAAUAGUAAAGAGUCUUCCGAGCUGGAUUAAUUCAAAUCAGUUAUCACCAUGUUUGUUGUCUCAGUUUGCAGAAACAUUGACGCGUUUAAUACAAUUAUUGCCCAUUUCGCAUAAUGUUGCAGAAUUAUGUUUUCAAGUGAUUGAACUUGUAGCUUCUGAAUUCAGUACAUAUCAUGCAAUAUUUGAGACAAUACACAAACUAAUUAAAGCAACAUGUUAUAAAAUUGGACAAUACUUAAUUAAAGAACCAAGAUCCUGUAAUGUUUCAGAAGCGAAAAAGUUAUUGGCUUAUUUCGAUCAUUAUCCAGCCAUUAUUGACAUUUUCAUGCAAUUUGUUUUUAUCGAUAUCAGACGAAUUGUUUUAUCGGAAGCAACUGUUCUUGCAACAAAAAUUAGCGAGCCAUGGAAAUUACUAAGAAAAAAAUUGAUGAGUCUCAUGCAAAUUGAACAAUUUACAGAAGUAUUACAUAUUCUUAAAGCGUCAUCCUUACUGCAAUCGUGGCUAAAAAAACAGAAUAUACAAGUAAAUCUGUACGAAAAUGACUUGAACAUUAUAUUGAGACUUUUUAUGCAAAAGUUGAGUUCUGACGAAUGUGGUGAAACACGAAAGAUCAUUUUUCAUAAUUUAACGCAUUUAAUUGUUCACAAUGAGUCGAAUAAAGUGUUAUUACAAUCGAUAUUAGCUUUGCCAUUUACUCAAGAUUUCAAAGGCUCUAUGGACAUCAAUGAGAAAAUGGUGCAAAAUGCAAAAUCUCUCGAUGUCGAAACAAUGUCGAAGUGUCUUGAAGCUGUAUGUGUUUAUGGCACUGGAAAAGAGAUAUUGAAGUUAUUACGUGCAUGUAUAUUAAAUAACGAAACACAAAUAGCUGUUGCGGCAGUGUCGAACAGUGUAUUGUUACUGAACGAUGUGGGCAUAAAGAUGGAAGAUGUUAAUCACUAUGUUCUAAGUACUGCCUUAUCUUCGACAAAACUAGAAGUACACGAAGCUCUUGCUAAUGUUUUGAGUCAAAUGGCUUGUGUAUUAGCAGGAACAGGAAGAAUUAUCAGCGAGUCGUCAAAUGAGAGAAAAUGGACAAUACAUUGUGAUUAUUGUACAGAGAAUAUAAUAGAAAAUGAUGAAUCUAAUGUUCACUGUCUUCCAAGUAUCUACGAUCACAUCUUCAGUACAUAUUUCACAUUACUAUCAUCGUCUAAUGUUUCUAUACGUUUGAACAUGUCUAAAAAUAUUCUUUCUCUUUCGAAUCAUAUAAAAUCAUUUAACUCAAAUGAGGUAAUGAAGAAAUGGCUUUCUUAUAUAUACGACAACAAUGUUGAGAUACGGUUGAAUAUUGCAUCAGCAAUUGGACGUUUGUUGAGUAAUAAAAUAUCUAUGGUGAAAUACGACAAUAAAAGUUUGCUAGAUACCAUACCGGACGAUUUGGACGAAUAUGUUGAUUUGGUAAUUGAUGUUAUAGCCAAUAUACUCAUGAAUGCAUUGGACAAUUCCAAUCAUUCUUUACAUGACACAUUACUUGUCACCGCGAAGAAUUUUAUAUGUGUACCGUUAUAUUUGUCAGAAAGGAGAAUUCUGAACGUAUUUUUAAUUACAAUAUUACAUCCAAAUUCAUCACCAGCGGCAGUAGCGUCUGCAACAGUCGCGUACCAGGAUGUAGCUGACUUUUUAAAUAUUUCUCCAAAGGCUUUGUAUAUUCGAUAUCGAAAGGAUUUUUUAAAACUUAUAAUGGAACGCGCGGUUUACAAUUAUAUAGAAGUCUCAUAUAACAUAGCAACUACGGUGCAUCGAGUUGCCAAAUGUAUAGGCUACGAAGGAUCACGUCAAUUAUUACGCAAAGACGGUCAUUACGCAAUUUGUUUUCUGAUUGCCUUUAUCGUUGAAGUACCAGAAGCAAAUGUGCUUCUGUACGAUAUAGCCGAAUUAAUAAGCAUGGACGUAAAUCAAAUGCUCGAAGAAUAUUUUCCUUACAUUUGCAGUUAUGCAUUCUUAGAAUUAUCUCCAUCAAAUAGUACGGAAUGUUUGAAGCUCACAACGAGAAUGACAAAAAGUAGUCUUGCACUUCUUACAAAGCAGUCAUUUAUGGGAAUUUUUGAAGAACUUAUGCUACGUUUUUAUGAAUCUCCCACAAAAAUAACAAGUUUUUUGGAAAUUAUUUCGGAAUAUGAUAGCAAUCAGAGAGGAAGAUUUGAUAGACAGGAGCACAUUGCGUCCUACUUGAAUCUAAGAUUACACGGAAUACUUGUGAACUUCGACAUAAAACUCGGCCCGAAAUCGGAUGAACAUACACAACAAUCCGCGCUUGCUUCAUUGACUGUUUUAAUUCGUUAUAUGGGUGCUUCUUACAUAACUCCACUUAGAUACAAAAUUUUAGCUAUGUUACGAACCGCGCUUGGAUUCAAAAGACCUGGUUUUCCACGUUUAGUCUGCGACGCGUGGGACGCGUUUAUUCACAAUAUAGCAAUUGAGGAUCUGGGAUCACUGUUCCCAACAAUAUGCGUAUCACUGAUACCGUUGCAGAAUAUGUUUCCAAAAAAAGUCAACAGCAUGUUGGAAUUUCUAAUUGUGCAAAACAGUGGAGAGCACAUUUCGGAGUUAUUUUUCAUUGACGAUAUCAAAGUUCCUGACCACAUAUCUGCUAUAGUCAAGGCGCACAUCUUGCAAGCCAAACCGGAAGGAUUCAAUGCCAACUUGAAGUUAUGGUUAAAGCGAAUCACUCACGAAACCGGCGAGGUGCGAAUCAGGGCUCUGAAACAUUUGCAAACAUUUCUAGAAAAACAUCGUAGUGAACUUAAUAGAAUGAUACUAAGUGAAACUGAUGUCCAUCCGCUAAUCGUUGAAUUGCUAGACACUCUGCUAAUUGGGUGUCAAGAUAAAGAUGAGUCUAUUCGCUUAUGUUACGGAGAAUGUCUCGGGGAAUUGGGAGCGAUCGAACCGAGUCUUCUUCCGCGAAGAAUCAUUUCUAGGGAUGACAGCAAAUUUAUAUCAGACAUGAAUGAGGAGUUCGCAUGUGCUUUACUUUCCGAACACGUACGGGCUUUUCAAAUGCAAAAAGAUAGUCAAAGUAUGGAUUGCUUCUCACUUGCUAUACAGGAAAUAUUAAGGGCGUACGAAAUCUCGCCACAAGGUCGAAAUAACGUAUUGUGGAAUAAUUUGCCACUCACAACGCAACAAAUUAUUACGCCUUUCUUAACGUCACAUUACAAGAUAGCAGCUGUUUGUGAUGAUAAUGAAUUUCCGCAUCCUGUUUACGGUUCUGAAGCAGGUUCUUCAGUUGAAAGCUGGGCUUACAAUUGGCUGUGCAGUAUGUCUAGUGCUGUAUAUGACAUAACACUUAGUAAUGUAUUGCAAGCGUGCAAAUUUGCAUUUAAACGGGACAUAAAAACAUUAAUAUUUUGUCUGCCGUAUAUCGUGUCAUAUAUAAUUGCGAAUAAUAGAGAAGAAGAGCAUAUUAAACUUAGAGAGGAAAUGUUAGCUGUAAUUAACGUUAGAGAGAAGCCUGUAUUGGAUUCUGAACUUUUGCGCCAUCAACCUCUCCGGUACGGACAGAGUGUAAAGGCCGAUGACAAUCGUAUCUCGGAAGAAACUAGGCGCACGCGUUGCUCACGGGUUGUUUUCUGUAUAUUGGAUCAUUUGCAAAGAUGGCUCAGAGAACAAAGAUUAUUCCAAGAUGAAAAAUAUAGAGCAAUAAAAAAAUUUUGUGCAACGUUGGACAGUCUAAUUGUGUCGCAAGGGUGUUACUAUACUCGGGAAUAUCAUCGGGCGUUGAUGUAUUUAGAACACCAUAUGGCGUCUAGUAACAAAGGAUUGUCCGAGUCGACAGAAAGUGGCUUACUUGCUAAAAUUUACGCGCAACUUGAUGAGCCUGAUGGAGUAUCCGGCAUCUUGGUGACUCAAGAUCAGUCUCCCACCCUGCAACAACUGGUUUUGGCUCAUGAAGUAAAUGGCCAGCUUCAGGAUGCAGCUACGUGUUACGAAAGACUCGCACAGAAAAAAGACUCGAAACAUACAUACCUGCAAGGUAUGAUUCAGUGCUAUCUUGGCCUAGAUCAACCAUUCACUGCUAUGCACAUUACCCAAGGCUUGUUGAGCAGCAGGCCAGAACUAGAGCCUCUCAUAACAGAGCGCGAACUCUUUUGGAGACUCGCUCACUUUUCUCGUUUUGAGGAAACUUUACAAAGAAAUAUAAAUCAUACGCUCUUAGACGAUCUGACAAAAGGAAUUAAACCGGACUUGUUAUCGUUAAAGAAAAAUCUAGUAUCAUUACUGGAGGAUGCUUCUCGACCAGGAGCUUAUCAACAAAGUUACUCGUACAUCAUGAAAUUGCAUAUAUUGAAUGAAUUUGAUAAAGCAGCUUUGUUGAUGUUAAACAAUAUAGACGGCUUUUCGUUAUUGUUAGAAGAAUGGGACAAACGGGGACAGUUAUUGAGGACAUCUCGUGGAGUAGAAUUUGUUCUUAGUAUGCGCCGAGCUGCUUUGGAUUUGGCUGUACAAUUGCAACAAAAUACUCGUAAUACAGAAAAUUCAAUGCUUAGGCAAGAAAUUGGUAAAAUUUGGUUGAAGAGUGCCAAAAUCGCUAGAAAGGCUGGCUUGCAUCAACAAGCAUACAUGCAUAUUUUAUCAGCCAGUGAUUCGUGCCCACCGCAAUCGUUAUAUAUAGAACAGGCACAGUUAUAUUGGCAGAAAGGUUCUCAAGAAGACGCUUUUACCACUUUAAAUCGCUGUUUCUCUAAUUAUUUUCAACCAGCGCAGUAUUACAAACAAUUGCCUCCCGGUGAAUGUAAUGAGGAAAGAAAACAAUAUGCGAAGGCAAAACUUCUCUUUGCAAAGUACAACGAUGAAACUAUUAACGUCGAUACAGACGGUUGCAUCGCUAACUAUAAAGAAGCAAUAGAAGUGUGGAGAGGAUGGGAAAAAACUUGGGUGGCGUGCGCUGAUUAUUACGAUACCAUCAUUGAGAGACUGUCCGAAGACGACAAAGAUAGAAAUAAACAAGAUCUACAAGUGCAUAUAAUGAAUUUUUAUGGCAAAUCGCUUCUAUUUGGCUGCAAGUACAUUCAUCAUUCGAUGCCCAAGAUGUUGACCGUCUGGUUGGACGUUGCUUCUCGCGCGACAAAUACAUCCGAUCCUCCAGAUGUGGUCAGACUUCGCCAGGACCGUCUGUCAAAGAUGACUCAGAUUAUGGAUGUUUAUUAUCACAAAUUGCCGGUUUUCAUGUGGUUAACAGCGUUCAGCCAACUUGUAUCGAGAAUAUGUCAUCCGUCUCAGCAAGUGCAGACCACUCUUCGCACAAUUCUAGUAAAAUUGAUAUCAGUAUAUCCUCAGCAUAGCUUAUGGAUGAUGGCGUCGGUUUUUAAUUCUUCGGAUCCGACGCGGCUGCAACGAUGUCAAGAAAUCUUAAACCACGCGCAAUUAAAAACACCGGAUAUGUCCAAACUUAUCAAAGAUUUUCACAGAUUAUGGGAAAAAUUGAUCGAACUAUCGAAUAAAGUAAUAUCGGAACAAGGAGUAAUAAAUACGUCAAUAAAUAAUUUGUGUAAAUAUUUACCAAGAUUACUCGCAAGUAAAGACUUCAGUCAAAUCAUGAUGCCGACAAAAGGAUUUAGGCAACUACAUCUCCCGUCCAAGAACGCUUCGGUCGAAAAUCACAAUCCAUUUUUAACGAAAUGGGUGCAUAUAACAAAAAUAGAAGACGACGUCUUGGUACUGUCGUCACUUCAACGGCCACGAAGAAUCGCAUUCAGAGGUUCAGACGGCAAAGAGUAUCUUUUCAUGUGCAAGCCGAAGGAUGAUUUGCGUAAAGAUUUCCGACUGAUGGAAUUUAACGAUAUUGUAAAUAAAUAUCUUCAAAAUGAUCCAGAAUCACGACAAAGAAGACUUUACAUACGAACAUAUAGUGUGGCGCCACUGAACGAAGAAUGCGGCUUGAUAGAAUGGGUGCCGAAUUUGGUCGGUUUUCGACCCACCAUUUUAAAUCUAUACAAAGAGAGAGGUAUUUUGCCAUUGCCUAGGGAACUUAAAACUAUGAUAUGUCUGCAAAAGGAUCCGUUAGAAAAGAAAAGAAAAAUAUUUGUAGAAAAAUUAUUGCCACGACAUCCUCCAAUAUUCGGUGAUUGGUUUCGCAUUAUGUUUCCUGAUCCAUAUGGGUGGUAUGAGGCUCGCACAGCAUACAUUAGAACAACCGCUGUUAUGUCCAUGGUCGGAUAUAUACUUGGACUUGGCGAUCGUCACGGAGAAAAUAUAUUAUUCGAUUCCAAAUGUGGUGAUUGCGUACACGUUGAUUUCAAUUGCUUGUUCAAUAGGGGUGAACUUUUCGAUUGGCCCGAACGAGUACCGUUUCGACUGACACAUAACAUGAUAGACGCCAUGGGUCCCUUAAAAAUCGAAGGUCCUUUCAGACGUGCCUGUCAAAUUACUAUGCGAGUACUUCGGCAGGAAUCGAGCACAUUGCUGAGCGUACUCAGACCUUUCGUCUACGAUCCGCUUGUCAGUUGGAAUAAAGAAGAGAUCAAGAAUCAAAACAGGAAUCAAAGAGGGGUUGAUGCUGCCGAAAAAACAAAUGAAAAAGCCGUAGAACACAUAAAGAACAUCGAGCAACGAUUGAAAGGCUUGAUUCGAUAUCCCGGAAGGAAGGCAGAAAAUAUCGCGUUACAUCUUAGCGUUGAAGGACAAACUAAUUACUUGAUUUUAGAAGCAACGAACAUAGAUAACUUGUGUCAAAUGUAUUAUGGUUGGGGCGCAUUUUUGUAAUUAAUAUAUAUCAUCAGAACAAGUUG